CCCUUCCCACAUCUAUGUCUGUUUGCUUCAUAAUGACUCCGUGAGUCCUUGAGACCUCACAGUCCCAGUAGAUGAAACUGUUUAGCUACCUUCUGUUCACUACUGGCCCUGAUGAAAGUCACCUCUCCUCAUGCUUUACCAUGGUCUGCAGCAGUAACAAGGGAGCAGGUUGCUUAAAAAAAAAACUGAUGAAAGACUGGAAGACUAGGGAGGCUAACACUACCCUCCCUGCCUGCCUGACAAAGCUGUGUCACACCUUAACAUAUAUCUCCUUUGUCUUCAGAUCCGGCAGUGUGGGAGACAACUGGAUCCACAUUUACUCUUUUGUAGAGGGUUUGGUGAAGAAAUUCACAAACCCUAACCUGCGGCUCUCCAUCAUAACCUACUCGACAGAGGCUGAGGUUAUCCUGCCACUCACCUCGGACAGAAACAAAAUCAAUAAGGGCCUUCUCGUGCUUAAGAACAUAGAGCCUCUGGGGUUAACGCAUAUGCAGAAAGGACUGAAAAAGGCAAAUGAACAGAUCCGAAGAACCAACUUGCGAGGCCGCAAAGUCAACAGUGUGAUUAUUGCUCUGACUGACGGGCUAUUACUACUGAAGCCAUAUGUUGACACGAUAGAAGAGGUGAGUCCAGUCCACAGGGAUCAGCGCUUUGCCUCUGGUGUUUGGGGAUUUAUUUUCAGUGCCUUUCUUUCUUUUCAGGCCAAAAGAGCCCGAAAAAUGGGAGCAAUCAUUUACACCGUGGGUGUUUUUAUGUAUAGCAAACAACAGUUGGUGAAUAUUGCAGGCGACCCAAAUCACUGUUUUGGAGUCGAUGAAGGGUUCGCUGCUCUGGAGAAAGUUAUAGACCCACCUACCUUCGUGUGUGCUAAAGGUGAAAAUGAACCCUUGAGCACAGUGGGCAUCUAUGUUGCUCCUGGAAACAAGAGGAAACACCUAUGCCUGGAAAAGAUACCCACAAAGAUAGCCUUGCUUACUUCACCGCAGCAUUGUCAUGGCCAACACCUGACCUCCAGGACCAGAACUGACAAGAACAACCUCCAUCUAUCACAAGGUCCCUGCAUCAGUGUGCCAAAGACACGCACGUUUGGUUCCGAGGGAAGGAUGUCUUGCUUUGCCAGUACCUGCAUACAGACUUGUCCUGAGUUGCUAGAACUUUGCACUCUACAGGAAGCCCUGAGCCUCUGUCUCCCACUGGGAACAGCUAGGUCUUCUUCUGCCUGCCAGCUCAGGCAGCUAAGUCCUGGCCUCCAUUGUUUUCAGUGGGAGCCCAAGGCCCCGGGCUUGAGAUGACAGGGCCGUGCUCACAUUGAGCUGUGUUCCCCUCAGCAUCUAUGUGAGGCAAAGUGGCGCCACGUAUGUGGGAGCUGCAGUGUGCUCUUCGGUGGACAGAAAUAAGUUGGGGCAUUAGGUUGGCGGGUGUAGCAUCUAGAGGCUGGUAGACAUUACAGGCAGAAGCUGGUCCUCAUAUUUGCAUCCUAGUCAUUGGCUCUAGGCUGCUCCUGCCCCUCCCCAUGUCCCCAUGUGGAAGACUCCGAAGCCUGCUGUGUUGACGGGUGAAGGGAGGCAUGCUUCUGGGUUAAAGACAAAAGCAAAAUCACCCAGGCCUCGGUGUCUAGACAACUGAGACAAAGCCCAGGUAAAACACGAGCUGUCACUCUUCCCUCGCUGGGGCUGAAGCAAGGCGACAAGCGCCUGCAGACAUUAGCUUAGCCACUGACCUGUUAAACUGUGGAAUACCUGCCAACUGUCCAAGUACUAACCAGGUCUGUCACCCACAAAAAAAAAAACCCUAAAGAAUCAACUAAGCUGGGCCCAUAGCGGCUCACAGAGAUGGAACCGCCAACCAGGGAGCAUGUGUGGGACAUAACCUAGGCAUCCCACACAUAUGUCAUAGUUGGGCAGCUGGAUCUUUAUGGUGGGACUCCUAAAGCAGGAGCAGGGACUGUCGGGGACUCUGCUGCCUGCCUUUGGAUCCCUUUCCCCUGACUGGACUGCCUUGUCUAGCUACAGCAGGAGAAGGUGAGCCAGGUCUUACUGCAACUUGAUAUGACACGGCUGGUUGAUACUCACGGGAGGCCUCCUCUUUUCUGAAGAGAAAUGGAGAAGGAAUAGAUGGGGCAUGGGUGGGGGCUAGAGGAGUGAACGGAUAGGAAAAUGCAGUUGGGAAGGUAAUUAAUUAAAAAUAAUUGCAAAAUCAAAAAUUUUAAUUGUAUCUACUGUGGACUCAGAGGCAACUUCAUUAAAGCAGUUUUUCAUAGUUAGAAGUAAAGGAGGAGGAGAAA